CUGAUGUACUCCUUCCUGAUCCUGUCCAUCCUGGUCACUCCCGAUGUGAACCUCUGCAUCCUCAUACUGCGUCUUGCUGCGGCUAAUCUCCACUUUCUCUCUGGACUACUGCUACCAACUGCUACCAACUUCAUCAUGACUUUGCCAGAAAGUGGAACCCGAUAUAUUUCAAAGAUUGUGGAUGAUGGGCAACCCCCCCCCCCCAUCAGGCCGUUCCACCAGUGACGUCAUCACGGAGUGCAGCUCUGCUCCAUUCCAGGUCCAAGAGGACUAGAUCUAGGAUGGUGCUGGAUCUCCAUGGUAUCGGCCAAAUAAUGGCUGUGUGUUGAAAGGAAGUCCACACCGCCAUACAAGCCCUACACUGAUGUUGACCAAAUAAGUCCCAUGUGACCACCUGGCAACCCUAUGAUGUAAUCCUGAUGAUGUCACCCAAUACAGGUGGUCAUAAAGGCUUGUUGUUUGGUCACCGAAGGCGGCGUGUCUGUUCAUCGAAGGCGGCGUGUGUUGACAUUUAAAAAGAUGUCACCUGGUCACUGAGGCCUUGCGUUCACAAGCGGUCGCAGAGAUGUGACACGCAAAGGAUGAUGACCUUCCUCGGGCGGGAUAAUCCAUGUUUGCAGUAUACCCUUGGGCAAGGACAUGGAGUCUUCUGAAAAUAAUGAUAGUUCCAAUAGGCUUUACUCAGAGUUGGUGGAGACCCUGAACCUCAGUGCUCUGGACAGUGAGGAAGCGGAGGAAGAUGUUUCGGGUGCUAAAGAAGAUGUGCCGUGUAGCAAUUGGGCCGAUGGAACCUGCCCCGAAGCAGGUACUACCACCUCUGAGUAUUUCACGGGACGUGACACACAAGGCGUGGUCACACCGCCCUCCAGUCAGGAGGCAGGCCAUGAUGGCGAAGGAAAGGACCCCCCCGCUGUGGCACGGUCAUCUCCUGAACGGCAACUUGGGGAAACCUGUGAAGCCAUUAGUCCGGUGGUAGAUCCCACAGCGGUUUAUAGUGAUGAGGGGGUGGCAUCUAAAUCCCAGAGCGUGUUGUCCAAAGAGGAGCAGAACGGAGAACCGUCGUCCAACGACCAGCUUUUGACUCCGGAAUCCUCUCGAUAUUCCAGUGGCAGGCAGAGCAUGAGGAAAGAUGAUUAUGAUAACAUCACAUCAGAAGACAUGGCGUCAGAGGAGGAUCGUGCUGAUGAUACUGCAGGGGUUGAUAGGGACCAAGAUAGGCCACCAAAAGCCACGAGUCCAUCAGCACAAGAAGACCACAAAUCGGAUAUGGAGGGUUCUGGUGAAGUAGGAAAACGUACGCCAUCAAAAUCCUUGAGCCCAUUACAACGGGAGGAGCAGAAAGGGGAUAAAACGCCCCCCUUGACCUGUUCUUGUGAAGAGUCCCAUCCUGUGGAGGUUGAUACUGAUGUGAACAAAGAGACACCCUCAAAAUCCUUGAGUCCAUCACAACGGGAUGAGAAGAAAGGUGAUGGAACGCCCCCUUUGACCUGUUCUUGUGAAGAGGUUGACACUGAUGUUAACAAAGAGACGCCCUCAAAAUCCUUGAGCCCCUCACAGCAAGAGGAGAAGAAAGGUGGUGGAACGCCCCCCUUGGCCUGCUCUUGUCAAGAGUCCCAUCCUGUGGAGGUUGAUACUGACGUAAAAAAAGAGACACCCUCAAAAUCCUUGAGCCCAUCCCAACAGGAGAAGAAAGGUGAUGGAACGCCGCCCCUAACCUGUUCUUGUGAAGAGUCCCAUCCUGUGGAGGUUGAUACUGAUGUUAAGAAAGAGACGCCCUCAAAAUCAUCGAGUCCAUCCCAACAGGAGAAGAAAGGUGAUGGAACGCCCCCCUUGACCUGUUCUUGUGAAGAGGUUGAUACUGACUUUAACAAAGAGACGCCCUCAAAAUCCUUGAGCCCAUCACAACGGGAAGAGAAGAAGGGUGAUGGAACGCCCCCAUUGACCUGUUCUUGUGAAGAGUCCCAUCCAGUGGAGGUUGAUACUGAUGUAAACAAAGAGACGCCCUCAAAAUCAUUGAGCCCAUCGCCACAUGAGACCCCCCUGACCUGUUCUUGUCAUCCAUUAGAUGAAGAGAAAUUAUCAAAAUCCUUGAGCCCAUCACAACGGGAGGAGAAGAAAGGUGAUGGAACGCCCCCUUUGACCUGUUCUUGUGAAGAGGUUGAUACUGACGUAAACAAAGAGACGCCCUCAAAAUCCUUGAGCCCAUCCCAACAGGAGAAGAAGAAAAGUGAUGGAACACCCCCCUUGACCUGUUCUUGUGAAGAGUCCCAUCCUGUGGAGGUUGAUACUGACGUAAAAAAAGAGACGCCCUCAAAAUCCUUGAGCCCAUCACAACAGGACAAGAAAGGUGAUGGAACGCCGCCCCUGACCUGUUCUUGUGAAGAGUCCCAUCCUGUGGAGGUUGAUACUGACGUUAACAAAGAGACGCCCUCAAAAUCCUUGAGUCCAUCACAACGGGAGGAGAAGAAAGGUGAUGGAACGCCCCCCUUGACCUGUUCUUGUGAAGAGGUUGAUACUGACGUAAACAAAGAGACGCCCUCCAAAUCCUUGAGCCCAUCCCAACAGGAGAAGAAGAAAAGUGAUGGAACGUCCCCUUUGACCUGUUCUUGUGAAGAGUCCCAUCCUGUGGAGGUUGAUACUCACGUAAACAAAGAGACGCCCUCAAAAUCCUUGAGCCCCUCACAGCAAGAGCAGAAGAAAGGUGAUGGAACGCCCCCCUUGGCCUGUUCUUGUCAAGAGUCCCAUCCUGUGGAGGUUGAUACUGACGUAAACAAAGAGAGGCCCUCAAAAUCCUUGAGCCCAUCCCAACAGGAGAAGAAAGGUGAUGGGACGCCGCCCUUGACCUGUUCUUGUGAAGAGGUUGAUACUGACGUAAACAAAGAGACGCCCUCAAAAUCCUUGAGCCCAUCCCAACAGGAGAAGAAGAAAAGUGAUGGAAAGUCCCAUUUGAUCUGUUCUUGUGAAGAGUCCCAUCCUGUGGAAGUUGAUACUGACGUAAACAAAGAGACACCCUCAAAAUCCUUGAGCCCAUCCCAACAGGAGAAGAAAGGUGAUGGGACGCCCCCCUUGACCUGUUCUUGUGAAGAGUCCCAUCCUGUGGAGGUUGAUACUGACGUUAAGAAAGAGACGCCCUCAAAAUCAUUGAGUCCAUCACAACGGGAGGAGAAGAAAGGUGAUGGAACACCCCCCUUGACCUGUUCUUGUGAAGAGUCCCAUCCUCUAGAGGUUGAUACUAACCUAAACAAAGAUACGCCCUCAAAAUCCUUGAGCCCAUCCCAACAGGAGAAGAAAGGUGAUGGAACGCCCCCCUUGACCUGUUCUUGUGAAGAGGUCGAUACUGACGUGAACAAAGAGACGCCCUCAAAAUCCUUGAUUCCCUCAAAGUCCUUGAGGCCAUCCCAAGAAGAGCAGCAGAUAGAAGAGCAACCAUCCCCAAUAACGGGUUCUUCCAGUCCUGCAAAGGUUGAUACUGACUUACAUAAAGAGACACACCCAAAAUCUUUGAACCUAGAAACCUCGAACCCAUCACUGCAAGAGGGGCAGACUUCAGGUCUUAGUCCACCCUUGGGUUCUACUUCUCAAGGGUCAGGCUUUGCGCAGGUUACGAGUGAUCAACCCUUAAAAUCCUUAAGUCCAGUACCACUACAGGGACAGGAAGUGCAGGGAACGCCACAUCAGACCAGCUCUUCUCAGGAGUCAGAAGCUGUGGAGGCUGGUAAUGAUAAUAAUCAGGACAAGGAGAAACCAUCAAAAUCCUUGAGCACAUCUCCACGAGAUGGGCAGACUACAGGUGAAGCUCCACCCUUGGAUUCCAAGACCUCCACACAGUCAUCUCCACAUGAGGACCAGACAGAAGUCUCUGAAAAAGCCUACAAGGAAUCAACUCCAGAACCCGUCAGAGGUGAAACCGGUUCACCAGACUUUGCUCCUGCCCUAGUAUGCUUGGAGGAUGACAUCCGGGCAGCCAUCCAAACGGCCUCCACUUCCAUCUAUGAGGGCAUAGUUCAUCAUGUUGAAGAUAUGGCGUCCAAACCCUGGAGAACAUCACCGUCAGAGAACCAGUAUUCAAAAGUCAUCCCUGACUUUGCAUCAAAAUCCUUGAAAACUUUCCCACGAGAAGAGUCUUUCUUUGCUGAAGGCCUCGUUUCAGUUCCGGGGUUUUCACAGGAGAUCAAACACACGUUCAAAGUUGCAUCAAAGUCUUUAAGCUCUUUACCACAAGAGGAAAAAGUCAUGGUGCCAGAUCUUCUGGAGCGGUACUUCAGUGAUGCAAUCAAAACGUGUUCCAGAACCUUAUUCCAUGCUUUGAAGAGUCAGGUGGAGGACUACGACGCCGAGGACGUGGCCUCCAAAGACUUCAUCCCAGUCAAGAAAAGACAUCGAAAAGUGAGAAGAGCUCAAGACAUUGAAAAAGACUUUGCACAAGCCGAAUCACUUGCCGGAACCCUGAAGGUAGCCUCCAGUCCAGAGGCUACUGGGGACAACGUUUUAGAUGUUAGACUCGAUGAAGGAAGAGCUUCGGCGACCGAGGAUGUUCUCUUGCAGAAGCACUCUCCUGGAACACUCUCAGGACAUCAACAAUUUCCCGCGGACGUCCUGGAAGAACAUCCUGAGAACGUCACGGAAACCUCCCCAAGCGCUCCCAACAACUCUGAAGACUUGAAAGGCGUCGUGAAACGACACAAGCAGAAAAUCCACCCCGUUGGGUCUGAGGAGGAAGACGCCCCAAAGCACCCUUGUCCGCAUAGUCUCUUUGCGGUUCUGGAGGACACAAAAACCAAAGAAAAUAUUGAGACCUCCAAGCAUUUCCAAAGCAUUUCAUCCAAAGCUCCUGAAAGAAACAAGAAGACUCACAAGGUGAAGAUUUCAAAAGACUGUCAUCAUUUAAAAAAGAAAAAAGUCCUUCAUAUUUCCAAGCCAGAAUCUUCAGACGUUUCCCUUCAGGACAGUGAGUCGGGAGAGUAUAUGCAAAAGGUGAAGAAGUUCUUCAGAAGGAUGCAGAGGUGCAGAGUGUGUCCAGCAGUAUGUAAGGGGGGCAAGAUGGACGUUUCAGCCAGACCGCAGAAACAUCAAACUAAAAAAUCAUUUUUGAAUACACUUUGGAAAAAACUUUGGACGGGCUGAGACUCUCGGUUGACGCUUUA